GUCUCUUCUGCAACUGGUGGCUCCACUUUUUGUUUUUUGGCAUGCUCGGUGAUUGAUUUUGAUUCCUUUUAAUUCUAUGGUGUUAGUUUUCUGGGUCACUGAAAUAUUAGGGUUUGAAUUUGGAAGAAUUAGAUUACGAAUCGCCAGUUAGGGCUACACUUUAGGAUUCUGGGGGCUGUUCUUGUGGAUAUUUCCUGCAGAAAUUCUAGUUUCUCUGAAAUUCACAGCCACUGUCGCCGUUACAAGGAAGAUACGCGCCUCAACCCCCCACCCCCUUUUAUCUAUGUUGAGAAUUAUCAGCGAUUUUGUGGAUAAUCGUGUUCGUGUAUGCAUGAGUUUACAUUUCUUAUACUGACACACUGGUUCGUUGUGUAGCAAUUGAUUCUACUAGUCGGAGAAGCUACAGCAACUAGUUCUUUUCAGUUCUGGCUCCUAUUAUGCUUGCCAACCGCAGACAAGUUCUCAACCCUUCUCGUUGCUCUAUGAGAUUUGCUUCUUCUGAAGGUUAUUCUGUUCUUAAUUCAAGUGGUCUUCAGCACUGGUUCAAAAAUUGGCAAGGACUCAGAAAAAAUAAACUGACAGCAAGCACUUUUGCUGCGGCGGUUGGUUUUUUUCAUCGCAGAAGACGCCAGCUUUGGCUAGAGAAGAUUGGAGCCCUGGAACCAUUUUCGGGUAAUUUGGCUACCUGUUGGAGCAAUAUCAAAGAAGAGGAAGCACUUGAAAGAUACAAGCUGAUAACAGGAAAUUCUGUUUUGUUUCCUGAAUUUCAAGUUUAUGGUAAUAGGAAUGUUGGAGAGGAUUGGCUGGGAGCUUCACCGGAUGGGGUGAUUGAUAUGCUGGUAUACGGAUUGCCUUCACGAGGAGUACUGGAGAUUAAGUGUCCAUUUUUUGAUGGAAAUAUGAAGAAGGCUACCCCUUGGUCACGAAUUCCUCUAUACUGUGUUCCACAGGCUCAGGGUUUAAUGGAAAUACUUGACAGGGAUUGGAUGGAUUUCUAUGUUUGGACUCCUAAAGGGAGCAGCCUAUUCAGGGUAUAUCGGGAUGCAGAAUACUGGGAUGUUCUGAAAAUAGUUCUCUCGGAUUUUUGGUGGAAUCAUGUCCAGCCAGCGAGGGAGAUCUUGAGCAAGUCUCAGAUUAGAGAUCCCCUCGUUGAAUUAAAAUGGCUCAAGCCAGCACCCAGGCAUGAACUGUGUAGUUAUGUAGUUUAUGAAAGCAAACGCGUUGUUGAUAACUCCAAGUUAUUGAUGCGUGAAAUCAAUGGCAAACUGGUAAACUGAUUCAUCUAUAACCACAGUAUAGGCACUUCAGCUUACUGAUUCGUGAAAUCAAUGGCACAUCAAGUAGCUGGAAUGUGACUUUGAUGAAAGAUUUUACUGGAGUUGGAUUUUACAUUAUCUCAAAGGCAAGUAGAAGGCUGUAAAGACAGUCUCAAUUAUUUCAGAUACUACCAGGUCUAGGUGUUCGAACAACGAAGCGGAUAACGAACAAUCCUUCAUACAGAUGACUUGCUUACACGAAAGGGAAGUGUUAUUGGCACUUCAAAAAUCUCAUUUUACACUUUUCACAAGUGUAUUUUUCUUUCCAAAUAUAGAAAGUUUGGAGUGUAAUGAGAUUUUUAGAGUGUCAAUAACAAUUCCUAGACAAAAUUAUUGAACCAUUUGUAAGUACAGAUUUCCGUGGCAAGCUUAGCGUUUGAUUGCUGGUUUCCUGUAUUUUGUCUAUACGACUGGUAUCAGACUAUGCCAAGUACAAGAGACGCAUGUGAAUGUUUUUGGUUUACACGAGUGUGUGUUACACAUGAUGAUUACCAUCUCUUCGAUA